GACGGCCCAGAUCCAACAACCAAACCCAACACCCCCACAGAUAUAAAAAAAUCUUCCAUCCACAUCCACCACUACUGCAAAUACACACACUUUUUACAAAAACCUCCCAAACCCAAAUCCCACCCACAAACUCUCCGAAAUACGACGCCGUUUUCUGUUUCCUCAGUCUUGAAGCUUGCACCACCGACUAAUAAUCUGUUAAUCGAGUAUGGGAGACAGUGAAACAGUACUAUCUGAAAUAUCUGCAGAGAUGGGUUAUACAUCUGGGAGCCACACUUCCACGGGCUAUGUUGAGGCCAGCUCAAAUGUUGCUCCUGACACUGGUGCUUCCCCCUCUGAGGCUACUGGAGGUUUUGCUGCUUCUGCUGCUCCAGCUGAUGCAAAUUCUACCGUUCCAGGCGGAUCUGAUUCAGGAGAUGGGAAUAUAAAUAGUACGGAACCUAAUCUGGUCAUGCAAGAAGCUCAAAUUGAUACAACAUUUGAGACUAAACCAGAUGUUGGAGUUGCUAAUACUAGUGAGAAAGCUACUGGUCUGGAAAAUGCAGCAACAGAGCUUUCACAAUCAGCUGGUAAUAAUUCUUCUGUGAAUGGAAGUGUUGUUGAAACUGGAUAUCUGGCAGUGGAGAAUGGAAUUGCUUCAGAGAAUGUGGGGAGAGUUGCUGAUGAGCAACAGUUUGAUGGUUUUGUACCGGCUAUGUCUGCUGAAGAAGAUAGACUGUGGAACAUUGUGAGGGCUAAUUCAUUAGAUUUUAAUGCUUGGACUUCCCUGAUUGAAGAGACUGAGAAGGUGGCUCAGGAGAACAUAUUGAAAAUCCGAAAAGUUUAUGAUGCUUUUUUGGCAGAAUUUCCUUUGUGUUAUGGUUAUUGGAAAAAGUAUGCUGACCAUGAGGCUCAUCUAGGCUCUAUUGAUAAAGUUGUGGAAGUUUAUGAACGGGCGGUUCAAGGAGUGACCUAUUCGGUGGACAUUUGGUUGCAUUAUUGCAUAUUUGCUAUUGGCGCAUAUCAAGAUCCAGACACCAUCCGAAGGCUUUUUGAGCGAGGAUUAGCUUAUGUUGGAACGGAUUAUCUGUCUUUCACCCUUUGGGAUAAAUAUAUUGAAUACGAAUACUUGCAGCAGGAGUGGGGCCGCCUUGCUUUGAUUUACACCAGGAUUUUGGAGUAUCCAAAUCAACAAUUGGAUCGGUAUUUUAACAGCUUCAAGGAGUUAGCUGGAAGUCGUCCUUUGUCUGAAUUAAGGACUGCUGAGGAGGCUGCAGCAGCAGCAGAAAGUGCACCUUCGGAGGCUAGUGUCCAGUUAAACGAGGGAGAGGUUCAUCCUGAUGCAGUGGAACAAUCUCCUAAACCUGUAAGUGCUGGCUUAACAGAAGCAGAGGAGUUGCAGAAGUAUAUCGCCAUUAGAGAAGAGAUGUAUAGGAAAGCUAAAGAGUUCGAUUCUAAGAUCAUUGGUUUUGAAACAGCUAUUAGGAGGCCAUACUUUCAUGUGCGGCCCCUCAAUGUUGCAGAGCUUGAAAAUUGGCAUGCCUAUUUGGAUUUUGUGGAAAGGGAAGGUGACUUUAACAAGGUGGUCAAGUUAUAUGAAAGAUGCCUGAUUGCAUGUGCCAAUUAUCCUGAGUACUGGAUACGCUAUAUUUUAUGCAUGGAAGCUAGUGGAAGUUUGGAUCUCUCAAUUAACGCGCUUGCUCGUGCAACCCAAGUCUUUGUCAAGAGACAAGCUGAGAUUCACCUUUUUGCUGCUCGGUUUAAAGAGCAAAAUGGGGAUAUACCUGGUGCACAAGGUGCCUAUCAACUUGUACAUACUGAAAUCUCACCUGGACUCCUUGAAGCAAUUAUUAGGCAUGCAAAUAUGGAACAUCGGCUGGGAAAUCUUGAAGAUGCCUACUCCUUGUAUGAGCAGGCAAUUGCCAUUGAAAAAGGAAAAGAACAUUCACAAACAUUACCAAUGCUGUAUGCGCAAUAUUCUCGGUUUGUAUACAUGGUUUCUGGUAAUGCAGAGAAAGCUAGGGAAAUUCUUGUCCAAGCCCUUGAGCACGUGCAGUUGUCAAAACCACUUCUUGAGGCUUUAAUACAUUUUGAGGCAAUUCAGUCCCUACCAAAGCAAAUUGAUUAUUUAGAUUCAUUGGUUGUUAAGUUCAUAGUUCCUGACUUGGAGAGCCCCAAUGUUGCUAGUGCGGCUGAUAGGGAAGAGCUCUCUUGCAUUUUUUUGGAGUUUCUGAAUGUCUUUGGAGAUGUACAAUCUAUCAAGAAGGCUGAGGAUCGGCAUGCCAAGCUUUUCUUACCCCAUAGGAGCACCUCAGAACUGAAAAAGCGCCAUGCGGAGGAUUAUCUAGCAUCAGAUAAAGCCAAGAUAGCUAAGUCCUAUUCUGUUCCUUCACCUGCACAGUCCUUGAUGGGGGCAUAUCCAAGUGCACAAAACCAGUGGACAGCUGGUUAUGGUGUACAGCCUCAAACUUGGCCACCAGUUACACAAGCACAGGGACAACAGUGGGCCCCUGGCUAUACACAACAGCAGGCUGCAUACAGUGCAUAUAGCGGUUAUGGAAGCAAUUACACAAAUCCUCAAAUGCCAACGUCAGUGCCACAAACUGCUGCUUAUGGGGCUUAUCCUACAACAUAUCCAGCCCAGCAGGCCUUCCCACAGCAAAGUUAUGCGCAACCUACAGCAGCUGUGACAAUGGCCCCAGCCCAAGCCCAAGCCCAAGCCCAAGCCCAAGCGCAACCCCAGCAACCUGCUUCAGUUCCUCAGGGCUAUUAUGGGAGUUACUACUGAUUUGGCGAGACAAUUUAUGCACUGUUUUGCCAUGUGUAAUCUAUUCUUUUUAACUUCUUGGUCUCUAUUUAUACAGACCUGACCCGUACCUUGGGUUUUUUAGUCGUGGGUAUGGUGUAGCUAACUAGAAGAGGGGAGAGACGACUCUGUUUUAGUUGUGAUACCGGCAAUUGUAAUUUUAGGUUUUACUAAGUUUAUUUUUUUCGAUAUUUUCAUGUAUUUUAGUAGAAUUUUGUGCUUGUGUUGUGCAAUUUUCCACGUUGGGUCUAUAAAUUGCCCUAUUGUAGAGAUUGUCAAAA